CGCGCGCCUCGCUGGAGCGUUAGAGCCCGCGGUAGCUCCCACCCUUCUUGUCCCCUUCUGACACUGGACCUGAGGGCGCGUGGACCAGGGGAGUCCCAAAGAUUAGGCGGCGGAAGUGGAGCAGGAGCAAUGGCGUCCAAACAGGAGCAAGCUGUAAAAAAUCUCAACGUGGAAAAUACCAACCAGGAAAAUGACAAAAAGGAUGAAAAGGAGCAAGGCUCUAAUAAAGGAGAGCCCUUGGCUCUCCCUUUGGAAGCUGGUGAAUAUUGUGGGCCUAGAGGAAAUCGCAGGCGGUACCGUGUUAGGCAGCCCAUCCUGCAGUAUAGAUGGGACGGGGGUCAGAGGCUUGGAGAGCCACAGGCAAGGAUGAGACAAGAGAAUAGGGAAAGAGCUGGGGAUGAUAUGAGACAGCUGAUGGAAAAGCUGAGGGGAAAGCAGUUAAGUCAUAGUCUACGAGCAGUUAGCACUGACCCCCCUCACCAUGACCAUCACGAUGAAUUUUGCCUUAUGCCCUGAAUCCUGAUGUUUUCCCUGAAGUUAAUAGGAAGACACACCUGCUUCCUAAACUUACAUGUUUGUGAUGUACCUUGCUGUAAAGCUUUUCAUGUUGUUUCCUGUUAUCAGCUUCUAACUGAAUGUUGUGUUUCACCCAUUUGUAAGUUUCUGUCAGCAGGGAAGUUUUACCUAUUGCAUGGGGAGAUGCUCAUUACAUAUUGUGAAGUUAAUAAAGCAGUUCAAAAAAGCA